CAAAACGACGUCGUUUUUGGUAAAAUUAACUUAUUUCUUUCUUUCUUUCCCCUAUUCACGUUUUCAGCCCUAAAUUGCAGAAUUUCUGCAAAGACGCAACAAAACAUCUUCUCUAUUCUAAUCUUCUCUUUCAAUUCGUGAAUCUUAGGGUUGUAGGUUCUCUUUCAAUUCCUGAAUCUCCAAAGCCACCAUCGUUCGAGGGUGAGACAAGAGUUGAUUUCCUGCCCAAAGCGAACAAAAUCUUCUCUCUCGUCUCUUCUAAUCAUUGGGCAGUAAGUUCUCUUUCAAUUCAUGAAUCUCCACCGUUUGAGGGCACGAAGAAAUAGGGGCGAUAGACCUUAUUUUGCUAUUUUUAUUCUGAAGAAGGGGCUCGUUUGCUUCAAAGAAGAAUGGAAGAAGGAGGGAAGAAUUCCGUUUAUUCUCUAAAGGGCUCGUCUGCUUCGAAGAAAGGAAGGGAAGAGAUCUGAAAAUUAGGACUCGUAUCUUUAAUCUGCAAUUAGCUUGUUAUUUUCUUUAAAAACGGCUUCGUUUAUGGCAUUUGGGUGACACUUCAUUUGUCCAGGUGUUCCGAUGUGAUUACAUGUAAAUUUUUUACUGCCACAUCAUUUUCACGAUAGGGGGUUUUGUGGUUGUGGGAAAAAUAAAAAAAAAGUGAAAGACGAUGUAUUAUAGAGAGGAUUUUAAAAAUGGCGUGCAAUUCCAAAAUUUGGAGAAAAUUUGUGUAUUUAGGGAUAAUUAACUUUUUUUUUUUAAUUACGUGUGAGUUGCUUAUUUGAUUACAUAGUAGGUAUCUUUUAUAAUUCUAAAAAUAAAUAGGCAAACUAUAUAUACUCCCCUUGUCCGUCAAAAGAAGAAAAAAACCUUGUUUUUUUUGGAAUCAUUAUUUUGUUUUAUUAUAUAAUAUCUCCGCAAUUGAAAAUAAUAGGAGUGGAAAUACCUUUAUAGGGCUUGAUCCAAAUCCCAAAAUUGAAUAGUACUAAAUGCUAUGCAACAACAUUUUAUUGGUUUUUGUGGAAAAAUAUGAUUCAACAUUUCGUGGUAUUGUCGCUUGGAAUAUUCCCGCCUUUGCCACUCCAUUUUGACUACCGACAGGCACUCCGCCACCGCUGACUCUGCCAAGUAGAACAAACACAAUUCAACGGAUCAAAUUAUACAUAUAAAACAAAAUCCAGAAAUUAAAAGUUCGGAAUUUUGUGGAAGAUGAAGGCAGGAACGCUGACGCUUGUGCUGGUGAAUCUCGCCGGAAUAAUGGAAAGAGCAGACGAAUCAUUACUACCGGGAGUCUACAAAGAAGUUGGGGAAGCGCUCCAUUCGGGCCCAACCGGGCUGGGCUUUCUUACCCUUCUCCGAUCGAUGGUGCAGGCGAUUUGCUACCCCGUCGCGGCUUACUUGGCGGGCCGGCAUAAUCGGGCCCACGUCAUCUCCUACGGUGCUUUCCUUUGGGCCGCCGCCACCUUCCUCGUCGCCUUCUCCUCCACCUUCUUUCAGGUAGCUGUGUCGAGAGCUUUGAAUGGGAUUGGCCUUGCCAUUGUUGCACCCGCGAUUCAGUCCCUCGUUGCUGAUUCAACUGGUGAUGCCAACCGUGGUACAGCUUUUGGGUGGCUGCAGCUCACCAGCAACCUUGGUUCGGUUAUUGGUGGACUGCUUUCGUUGUUGAUAGCUCCGGUUACUUUGAUGGGAAUCCCUGGCUGGAGGAUUUCUUUUCACCUCGUUGGCAUAGUCAGCGUCAUUGUGGGGUUACUAGUUUGGUUAUUCGCCGUUGAUCCUCACUUUCCUAAUGGUGGUACGAGCGCUAGUGAUCGAGCGCCCCGCAAGUCUUUCCGAUCGGAUGUGAAAGACCUCUUCCAGGAAGCCAAAUCAGUGAUCAGGAUCCCUUCCUUUCAAAUUAUUGUAGCCCAAGGUGUUACGGGUUCGUUUCCCUGGUCAGCUUUGUCGUUUGCUCCGAUGUGGUUGGAGCUAAUUGGUUUCUCUCAUGAGAAGACAGCCGUCCUCAUGGGCACAUUCAUUGUGGCAAACUCCCUUGGUGGUGUAUUCGGAGGCAUGAUGGGCGAUUUCUUAUCUAAGCGCCUCCCAAAUUCUGGCCGGAUAAUCCUGUCGCAGAUAAGCUCGGGAUCUGGAAUUCCUCUCUCAGCAAUUCUUUUGCUGGCGGUGCCUAACAAUCCGUCUACUAUGCUCGUACAUGGUAUUGUCAUGUUUAUUACGGGUUUCUGCAUAUCUUGGAACGCCCCCGCCACAAACAAUCCGAUUUUUGCAGAAAUAGUCCCAGAGAGAUCUCGAACAAGCAUCUACGCAUUAGACAGAUCCUUUGAGUCAGUAUUAUCAUCAUUUGCUCCUCCCACAGUCGGACUACUGGCUCAGUAUGUCUACGGGUAUAAGCCCAUCGUUCCAGAAGGUUCAGACGGCAUCUCUACAGAUAGAGAGAACGCUGCAUCUUUGGCGAAGGCUCUCUUUGCAGCAAUAGCUAUCCCAAUGGCUUUGUGUUGUGUCAUAUACACUUUCCUUUAUCGCACUUACCCGAAGGACAGAGAUCGUGCCCGAAUGGAAGCUAUCAUGGAGUCGGAGAUUCAGCUGAUUGAAUCGGAAUCUUCACACACUAGAGGAGACCAUGUUCAGAUUGAAAGAAGGGAGCUUAAUCUUGAUGCCAAAACUAUCAUUCCAUUGCCUUUUGAAGACUACAGUGAUGAAAGAACACUACUUGUCACCCGGUAAUCACACCGUUGCACAGUUGAGGCGUGGAAUGUUUUUUUCCUUCUCUCAUAUUGACUGUACAGAUAAAAUUUGAACUGCUGCUGCGUCGUGAGUCUGCAAUCGGCUGGUAAGUUCUCGCUUAACGAUUCGAUAUUCGGUAUUUGAGGUGGGAUACUCUUUAAUGUCAGUUCAUAUGAGUGAUGUAUAUGGAAAGUUUGAACAUUCACCAUUUUUGCUCUUUCACUCAAUGCUUGUCACGUUCGUUGCUUAGUUGAUAUAUCAAAAUAUCCAUUUUCUUGUUAAACAAAAAACCAGUUCAACCCAAUUUUGAAACGGAUAGGAUGAUUUGUAGACUCGACUGCAAUUGGCCCACGAAUCUGAUUUUGGAUCGGUUGGGCCAUUUUAUUUGCAUUUUGUCAAUGCCUCUUAGUCUUAUAGGGGGUAAUUCGAUUCGUAGCCUUUGUUUUACUCAAUAUACCCCUCAUUUAAAUA